AUGAACAGACAGGGGAGGAUUGUGCUCUACCUCCUUGGUCUUGUCUUCCUGGACUUGAUUUGCUGCUGUUCGGCAGGGCCCACGUCUCCUCGGUGCUGGCUCGACUACUCCCAGGUUCCUUACACAAUACUCCCACAGGGCCUGGAGUCUGACUAUGGAGCAUCUGUGAACGAACUGGGUACUGGCUCGUCGGGUUCUGUUCUUUUGCUUCUACGUCAUGCGGACAAUGCUACGGUGGCGGUCAAGCGAUUCCACAACGCGGCCGCAGAUCGACCUGACCUUUUGACACAAAGAGUAAAGCUCGAGUAUCACCUGGGAUCCCUCGUCAAUGGCCAUCCUGGCAUCUCCGAGAGUAUUGAGCUGCUGUGGGAAACACGUUCGUCGACAUGGUUUCUGGUGACCGAGUUGUGCCCACGGAGUCUGGCGAAGGAGCGUCGUUCAACCAGUCCGAGGUCUUUGACAGACUUGUUCCGGGACAUCGUUCAGGCCGUCGAGCAUGUCCAUGCUCUGGAUAUAGCGCACGGGGACCUCAAGCUGGAGAAUGUCCUCUUGACGGCGGACGGGAGGCCCAAACUGAUCGACUUUGGCGCCGCCACUUUCUCCCACUGUCCCACGGAAUCUUCCGGCGCAGCAGACUGGGUCAACGUCGUCCCCGGAGACUAUGGCACCACGGCUUACAUGCCUCCCGACGUCUUCACCCAGCUCGAGUUCGACAAGGCAAAAGCCGACGUGUGGGCCCUCGGCAUUCUAUUCCACGCCAUGAUUACGGGAUCGGUUCCGUGGUCGUCGGCCUCAAUCGACGACCCGGGCUACCAGGCCUAUGUGACACGACAGAGGUCAGAUGACAGGCUCAAAGACCAUUGCCCCAAUUGGGACGCAUGCACGAUGCGGUUUCCCACCUGUUCCAUCGGAGCGUUUCAUCUGCUGCAAAGACUGCCGCCCAACACAAGGGACGUGAUUGCCUCGAUGUUGGCGCCAGAGCCACAAGAGCGACCUCGUCUCCGAACGGUGUUGGAGUCAGUGUCAUCCUGGUGA